AUGCCGGGUUUGAUUGAGACACGGGACCAGGAGGAGCUGCAUUUGCUUACAGAGUCCUAUGAAGGGCCCUCGGCACGCGGCAUGGUGAGGGACAAGCAGGUGCUGCCGAAGAGCAGGAAGGUGGCGUACUAUGUCGUGGCGCUGGGCAUGUUGAUCCUGGUGGUAGUAUGCCUUCGGGUUUGGACGAUUCCUGCAGACUUGCGAGCGCAGAUGCAAUCGCCACCCGAGCAGAAGUAUGCAAUUCCUCCAGUCCCCAACAAAGUGAACGAUCACAAUGGCGUCGAGUGGCCUCCGAUGUUCGUGCAUGGAAGCGAGACGAUGCACUUCUUUAUCAUAGGCGACUGGGGUGGACUUGAUGGAUUCAUCGACCCUCCAGUUGGCGGAAAGAUGGUGAUGUACGAUGGCGGCAAUUUGCCUGGGCCGCAUGUCUUUGCCCACCGACCCUCCGGCUGCACCGAUGGUCAGAUGUCGCUCUGCUUCAACAGCCAUGGUGCACCCGGCACCUGCAUUCCCAGUUGUGGCUACAACGAAUCUGUCGACCGCGAGCCCCAGUACUUAGUGGCCAAUCAGAUGAAGCGGCACGCGGCAAAGACCCCUCCGAAGUUCAUUCUCAAUGUCCCAGCCUCAGAACGCAUCCCAUUCUUGCUGGUCGUGCCAGUUCCUACCGUUCAAUGA